GUGUCUCUAAGUGGAGUUUGCUCUGACUGGUGGAGGAGCACGUUUGGAACAGACUGGUUGGACUUCGGGCAGAACACAUUUACUUGAAAUGAACAUUCAGCAGUAGGAACGUGAACGAAGAUUGAAUGAAUUUAACACCAUUGUCCUAAUGGCCAUGGUUUUAGUGUCUCGGAAACAUUUUCUGUGGGUUCUGUUGUGUGCAUGUGCCUUUCCUGCAGGCAACAAUGGCACUUCAAACAAUACUAGAGGACCGGACGGAGCAUCUGGAGCAGGUUUUCAAUAUCCUGAGCCCGCAGUUAAUAAAUCAUCAAAUGAAACAUUUUUAAGAGAUGGACUUUCCGAACAGGCACUGAAGUUUCUAAAUGGCACUGUGUCCACCAUCCUUUUACCUUGCUUCUACACCCUGGUCUGCUCCAUCAGUGUGCCAAUUAACAUCUGUGCUCUGCUGGCCUUUACUCGGGGGAUCCGUCCUAAGAAGCCAGCUGCAAUAUAUAUGCUGAACCUGGCCUUAGCCGAUCUGCUCUUUGCACUGAUGCUCCCCUUCAAGAUCUCCUACCACUUUGAAGGCAAUGACUGGAAAUUUGGUCCAUCCAUGUGCCGCGUGGUCACUGCUGCCUUUUACUGGAACAUGUACUGUUCUGUUCUUCUCAUAGCUUGCAUCAGUGUGGACCGUCUGCUUGCUGUAGUUUAUCCCAUUGACUCUCUAGCUUGGAGGAGCUCACGCACCACCGUCAAAGCCUGCAUAACCAUGUGGGUGUUAUCCUUCGCUGGCUCUGUGCCUCUUGUUUCUUCUGACCAGACUUUUAACGUCAGUGAGUUGAACAUCACCACCUGCCAUGAUGUCCACUCCACAGAUAAGAUCACCUGGUUAAAGACAUACUUCCUCACCAUCUGCUGCAUUUUUUUCUUCCUACCUCUGCUCAUCACAGUGGUGUCCUACGCUCAGAUAAUCUGGUCAUUGAGCAGAGUCCAACAUGAUGUUCCAGGAACAUCACGGAGGAGAAGAAGAGCAGUGGUGAUGACUUUGACUGUGCUGGUGAUAUUUUUGCUGUGUUUCAUGCCCACAAACUGUCUGCUGCUUGCACACUACCUGCAAUUAAACGAAGGACCCAAGAAGAGCACAGAGGCACCCGAUGGCUCUUACGCACUCUAUCUGGUGUUUCUGUGUUUGGGAAGUCUGAACUGCCUCCUGGAUCCCCUGCUCUACUACUUUGGAUCCUCGCAGUGCCAGAAACAACUAUCCAAUAUGCUGAAGUGUAAGAAGGUGACAGAGAGCAGAGAUAUCACUCAUUCAACAACUGAUUCCUGGAGGUUAAGUGUAAGAACAAUGCUGAAAACCAGAAACCUGGAAAAUACCAAACACUCUGAAUUAAACACAUCAGUGGACUCUUUCCAUCUUCAACAACUGAAACAAGAAACUACUAGUCUGACUAACUCUCACACUGUGCUGACAUUUUAAUUAACUCUUAUGUCUAAUUUUAAAGUUUAUUUAAAGUGAAAGUUCAUUGUAAAAUUAAUUUUUCUAUUCUUUAAUGAUUUUCUUUCUGAAUGUAUGUUUAUUGAUUAAACUGUUAUUGAGCUUGAAGUACUGAGAUGGAGUGAAAUAUCUGCCCUCAUAGUUUGUUUUAUGCUUCCCCCUGCUGGUGCAAACUUUACAUUAAUUAAUGUAUAUUUAAUUCAAGCUUCUUUAUUUGAUGAAUUGAUUUAUUUGGAAUAACACAAUGUAUGAAUAUGAGCAUCAAAAUAAUGCUCAUAGAUAUGUCAAUAUGUAAAAGUGUAGUAUCAUAAGUGAGGCUGCCUAUUUGUGGAAUAUCCUCUAUUCAUGAUAAUUUUUUUCUGCUUAGGUUUCUUUUUUCUAUUUAAUAUAUUAGAAUACAUAAAAAUCUUUGUAGAAGAUACAUCCAUGACAGAAAUGAGAUAUGCUAUUAUGCUGUGAAUUUGCACCACUGUCUCUGUGCUUCUCUGUCCAGCAGGUAUUGCCACAUUACUGUUAAAUAACUGGAGAGUGACCCAAGCGAUCUCCAUUAUCAAGAUGCAGUUAAGCUCUUAAUCUUACAGAGAAGCUCUUACGUCUGUGCUGGGCUGCAAGUAAUGAAUAUUUGUAAUGGAUAUUUAGUGUUUUCUGUGUGAAAGAGCAGAAAAAAGAGUUAUCUUCUCUUGCAGUUCCUUAGCUGUUUUUGUUUGUGCAACCACCAAACCACACCCUUAUACUGAAACCUUGGGAUACCAUCAAAUGAUAUAUGACAUUUCUAGACACCCAAAAAAAUAAAUAACUAAAAUAAAAGGAUGUUAUUCUUUCAUCCCAUUUAUCCUUCUUACAUUUGCAUGAAAACCUCAAAAGCUUUGAUAAGUUACAUCAUAGUUGUUCAAGAUCAACAGCUACUGGCAGUAUGGGGCAUAACGAUCACAGCAAAUAUGUAAUAAAAGCCUUGAUGUAGAUAAAAAAGGAAAAUAUCAGUUAAAAUGUAAUGCUGUAUGAGUCUCAUCUAAAUGGCUUGCUUGGUGUUUUCCUAUUAAAUGCAUGGUUGUAUUUAAACCUGUGAGUUAUUCUCUUGCAAGAAAAUAAACAGAUGUUCCCUGUUGA